AUGGACGCGACGAAGCUCAGCUUCGCGCUGUGCUUGGCGGCGCCAUCGAUCCUCUGCUUUGCUGUGUUCUCAGCUGCCGACUAUGAGGCGAUGAAGUGUGACGCGAGUCGCACCACCGCCUUCUACAAGGCCAUUGACACACUUUGCCCAGACCGCCUGGUUCUGGACUUGGGUACAGGCGCCACUGCGCUGCUGGCCAUCCGGGCGGCUGAGGCCGGGGCGCGGCGCGUCUACGCAGUGGAGAUCUCAGAGAGCUCCGCCGCACGAGCCGCGGAAAGGAUUGAGGCGGCCGGUCUCUCCCACAGAAUACAGGUCCUGGUGGGCGACUCCAAGGAGCUGCAGCUCCCAGAGCGCGUGGAUGUCGUGGUGCAUGAGAUCCUGGGAGAGAUCGCCAGCCGCGAGGGUGUGGUACCAUCGCUCCGCGACGCCCGGAGGAGGCAUCUGCGUGCGGCUGAAGGCGCCUGGUCCAUCCCUGCCCGGGCGGCCACAUGGAUCGCUCCGGCCACGAUGCCCAGCAGCGAGUACUUCACGGCCUACCGCGAGCAAAGCGGCACGCUGCUCCUGGCACCAGGACCUGAUGAGCGCUUCUGGCGGCUACCGCAGCUCCCGGUGCAAAGUUGCCAGCUGAGCACCCCGCAGGUCUUUGAAGAGCUGUCUUGGCGGGAGGACGCCGAGCCAGAACUGAAGCAGCGGCGGUCACUGCGCUUUCCCGUGGCCAGAGCAGGCAUCCUCGCUGGCUUCGUCUUCUACAUCACCGUCGAGUGCGGUGGCGGCGCCGAUGUCGUGAGCUCCGCUCCGUCGGAAAGCCACUGGGCCAACCCCUUCUGUCGUGUGCUGGAGCCUGUGGCUGUGAGCCAGGAGGAUGAAAUCAUUGUAAAGGCAGAGGCCGACCUCUCAGGCGAAGUGCCACGCUACGCGAUCGGGGCGUC